AGUUCUCCACAAGCACCACUCCACAACGUAGACUCGCCUGAUACUUGCUUCAUUUGGUUGACUGCUGGCUUUCCCCUUGGUCUCUUCUCGCACAUGAGUGUACUUCAUCUGCAGAUCCCUCGAGCAAGCAUACCCAAUAUUAAGUGUCCCUAGCCUUUCGCGCCGACUGUCACGAUGAAGAGACUUGUUGGCGGCCUUCCGCGAACUCUUCCAAGACCCUUGUUCCGCAGCUUCAGCACCUCAAGACAAUGCCUUGCCGACCACGUCAGAAUAGUCGAAGUCGGGCCCAGAGACGGCUUGCAAAAUGAGAAGAGCACAAUAUCCUUGGAAACAAAGCUCGAGCUUAUUCGGCGGCUGGCGCAGACCGGCGUUACGCAUAUGGAGGCGGGCUCUUUUGUGCCUGCGAAAUGGGUGCCACAGAUGGCCUCGACGGCAGAAAUACUCGAGUCUGUACUGACUCAACCGCCUCCUGCACCACACGGCAUCGCAUACAAUUACCUCGUGCCGAACAUUCGCGGACUCGAGAAUCUCCUCAAGAUAUUCCAAGCCAACGGCGCCCGCAAUCCCUCAAGCUAUCCUACGCCACCGCCGUCCCCCGGACCUGAACAGUCCCAAGGCCAAAGUUCCUCAUCACCGGCUUCCCAGUCCUCGGCCGAAGUUCAGUCGGGGGAUUCAACCGAGAUUUCGUUGUUUGCCGCAGCAACAGAGACGUUCUCACAGAAAAACACCAACUGCAGCAUCGCAGAAAGCUUGGAGCGAUCGAAGCCAAUCAUGGAGCUCGCGAAGCAGCAUAACAUUCGCGUGCGCGGUUAUGUGUCCGUGGCAUUGGGUUGUCCAUAUGAGGGGCCCGACGUCAACCCUCACAAGGUCGCGGAAAUCACUGCUACGCUGUUGGAGAUGGGCUGCGACGAAGUUUCCGUCGCCGACACUACUGGGAUGGGAACCGCGCCUCGGACGCGAAAGCUGCUCCAGACCUUGAAGGAAGCGGGCAUUCUGGAUGAAGAUCUUGCCCUCCAUUUCCAUGACACAUACGGUAUGGCGCUUGUGAACACUGUUGUGGGUUUGGAGCACGGUGUUAGGAUAUUCGACAGUUCUGUCGGAGGACUGGGUGGUUGCCCUUACAGCAAGGGCGCUACGGGCAAUGUUGCGACUGAGGAUCUGCUGCACCUGGUGCACAGCCUAGGCUGUGAGACCGGGGUCGAUAUGGUCAAGAUGGCGGAAAUCGGGCAAUGGAUUACUGCGCAGCUCGGCAGGCCCAAUGAUUCAAGGGCCGGGAAGGCCACACUGGCAAGGCUGAAGGAGUCGUAGUGGACUUGGGCAUGGUGAUAUAACUGAAAUGUCAACAUCCAUACUCAGUGUGCCUUGAAGCAGCCAUGUAUGAGUCGGUGGUGGUGUCGUGGUCCAAAAUUGAACACGAGGCACUGACAGCACAGCCUCACUGUCUCUACACGUGGUGAUUUCCCCCGCUGUCAUCCUUAUGCCCCCAAGAACGUCAAAUCCGAAGUCCAGGCCAGC